CCGCCCGCCCGCCACCCGCCAGCCCAGGUGCCCGCCCGCCGGUCAGCUUGUCCGUUGGUCCGCGCGUCCCUCUGUCCCGGAGCCCGCAGGUCGCGACCCAGAGCGCGCGGGGCCGAGAGCCGAGAGACAGUCUGGGGCGCAGCGCCGAGCUCCCCGCCCCGACAUCGUGGGACGGGGCCCGGGCCGCAGCGGCCGGGGGUCGGGGCCGCCACCGCGAGGGCCUCCGCUCCCUAUUUGUAGCGGGCGAAGCCGCGCGCCUCCUUCCCGGGGCUGUCUCUAGGGCCCUCCCGGGCAGCAGGGCUGCGGCCCGCGGGUCGCCGGCGUGGAAGAGAAGGACGCACGGCCCCCAGCGCCUCUCGGACGGCCGCCUCAGAGCAUGACCCCCGCGGGCCAGCGCCGCGCGCUCUGAUCCGAGGAGACCCCGCGCUCCCGCAGCCAUGGGCACCGGGGGCCGGCGGGGGACAGCUGCCGCGCCGCUGCUGGUGGCGGUGGCCGCGCUGCUACUGGGCGCCGCGGGCCACCUGUACCCCGGAGAGGUGUGUCCCGGCAUGGAUAUCCGGAACAACCUCACCAGGUUACACGAGCUGGAGAAUUGCUCUGUCAUCGAAGGACACUUGCAGAUACUCUUGAUGUUCAAAACGAGGCCCGAAGAUUUCCGGGACCUCAGUUUCCCCAAACUCAUAAUGAUCACUGAUUACUUGCUGCUCUUCCGGGUCUAUGGGCUCGAGAGCCUGAAGGACCUGUUCCCCAACCUCACGGUCAUCCGGGGAUCACGACUGUUCUUUAACUACGCGCUGGUCAUCUUCGAGAUGGUUCACCUCAAGGAACUUGGCCUCUACAAUCUAAUGAACAUCACCCGGGGUUCUGUCCGCAUCGAGAAGAACAACGAGCUCUGUUACUUGGCCACUAUCGACUGGUCCCGCAUCCUGGAUUCCGUGGAGGAUAAUUACAUCGUGUUGAACAAAGAUGACAACGAGGAGUGUGGAGACAUCUGUCCGGGUACAGCGAAGGGCAAGACCAACUGCCCCGCCACCGUCAUCAAUGGGCAGUUUGUCGAACGGUGUUGGACUCAUAGUCACUGCCAGAAAGUUUGCCCAACCAUCUGUAAGUCACACGGCUGCACUGCCGAAGGCCUCUGUUGCCACAGCGAGUGCCUGGGCAACUGUUCUGAGCCCGACGACCCCACCAAGUGCGUGGCCUGCCGCAACUUCUACCUGGACGGCAGGUGUGUGGAGACCUGCCCGCCCCCGUACUACCACUUCCAGGACUGGCGCUGUGUGAACUUCAGCUUCUGCCAGGACCUGCACCACAAAUGCAAGAACUCGCGGAGGCAGGGCUGCCACCAGUACGUCAUUCAUAACAACAAGUGCAUCCCUGAGUGUCCCUCCGGGUACACGAUGAAUUCCAGCAACUUGCUGUGCACCCCGUGCCUGGGUCCCUGUCCCAAGGUAUGCCACCUCCUAGAAGGCGAGAAGACCAUCGACUCGGUGACGUCUGCCCAGGAGCUCCGAGGAUGCACCGUCAUCAACGGGAGUCUGAUCAUCAACAUUCGAGGAGGCAAUAAUCUGGCAGCUGAGCUAGAAGCCAACCUCGGCCUCAUUGAAGAAAUUUCAGGUUAUCUAAAAAUCCGCCGAUCCUACGCUCUGGUGUCACUUUCCUUCUUCCGGAAGUUACGUCUGAUUCGAGGAGAGACAUUGGAAAUCGGGAACUACUCCUUCUAUGCCUUGGACAACCAGAACCUAAGGCAGCUCUGGGAUUGGAGCAAACACAACCUCACCAUCACUCAGGGGAAACUCUUCUUCCACUAUAACCCCAAACUCUGCUUGUCAGAAAUCCACAAGAUGGAAGAAGUUUCAGGAACCAAGGGGCGCCAGGAGAGAAAUGACAUUGCCCUGAAGACAAAUGGGGACCAGGCAUCCUGUGAAAAUGAGUUACUUAAAUUUUCUUACAUUCGGACAUCUUUCGAUAAGAUCUUGCUGAGAUGGGAGCCGUACUGGCCCCCCGACUUCCGAGACCUCCUGGGGUUCAUGCUGUUCUACAAAGAGGCCCCUUACCAGAAUGUGACGAGUUUGACGGGCCAGGGAUGCGUGUGGUCCAACGCGUGGACGCGUGUAGACAUAUGGACCCCGCCCCUGAGGUCCAAGACGCCACAAAUCCAGACAGAACCAGGAUGGCUGUAACUGCGGGGCUCAAGCCCUGGAACCCAGUAUGCCAUCCUUGGUGAAGACCCCUGGUCACUUUUUCGGAUGAGCGCGGCUGGACCUACGGAGCCAAGAGAGCGACAUCAUUUAUGUCCAGACAGACUGCCACCAGAUCUGCCCACCUUGGUCGCCCAAAGUGUUGUGAUGCGUGCCCUCAUGAUGUCUUUAGUGUGUCCCCCGCAUCCGUCCACCAGCUUUUUGUGCACACUUUUUCUCACAAUGGACCCAUUUCCUUUCUCUUUGGCAGACCCCUCCGUACCCCUGGAUCCAAUCUCAGUGUCUAACUCAUCAUCCCAGAUUAUUCUGAAGUGGAAACCGCCCUCCGACCCCAAUGGCAACAUCACCCACUACCUGGUUUUCUGGGAGAGGCAGGCGGAAGACAGUGAGCUGUUCGAGCUGGAUUAUUGCCUCAAAGGGCUGAAGCUGCCCUCGAGGACCUGGUCUCCACCAUUCGAGUCUGAGGAUUCUCAGAAGCACAACCAGAGUGAAUAUGAGGAUUCAGCCGGUGAAUGUUGCUCCUGUCCAAAGACAGACUCUCAGAUCCUGAAGGAGCUGGAGGAGUCCUCGUUUAGGAAGACGUUUGAGGAUUACCUGCACAACGUGGUUUUCGUUCCCAGAAAAACCUCUUCAGGCACUGGUGCCGAGGACCCUAGGCCAUCUCGGAAACGCAGGUCCCUUGGCGAUGUUGUGAAUGUGACGGUGGCCGUGCCCACGGUGGCAGCUUUCCCCAACACUUCCUCGACCAGCACGCCCACGAGUCCGGAGGAGCACAGGCCCUUUGAGAAGGUGGUGAACAAGGAGUCGCUGGUCAUCUCCGGCUUGCGACACUUCACGGGCUAUCGCAUCGAGCUGCAGGCUUGCAACCAAGACACCCCUGAGGAACGGUGCAGUGUGGCAGCCUACGUCAGCGCCAGGACCAUGCCUGAAGCCAAGGCUGAUGACAUUGUUGGCCCUGUGACGCACGAAAUCUUUGAGAACAACAUCGUCCACUUGAUGUGGCAGGAGCCGAAGGAGCCCAAUGGCCUGAUUGUGCUGUAUGAAGUGAGUUAUCGGCGAUAUGGCGAUGAGGAGCUGCAUCUCUGUGUCUCCCGCAAGCACUUCGCUCUGGAACGGGGCUGCAGGCUGCGCGGGCUGUCGCCGGGGAACUACAGCGUACGAGUCCGGGCCACCUCCCUCGCGGGCAACGGCUCCUGGACGGAACCCACCUAUUUCUACGUGACGGACUAUUUAGAUGUCCCAUCAAAUAUUGCAAAAAUUAUCAUCGGCCCCCUCAUCUUUGUCUUUCUCUUCAGUAUUGUGAUUGGAAGUAUUUAUCUAUUCCUGAGAAAGAGGCAGCCAGAUGGGCCGCUGGGACCGCUUUACGCUUCUUCAAACCCUGAGUAUCUCAGUGCCAGUGAUGUGUUUCCAUGCUCUGUGUACGUGCCGGACGAGUGGGAGGUGCCUCGAGAGAAGAUCACCCUCCUUCGAGAGCUGGGGCAGGGCUCCUUCGGCAUGGUGUAUGAGGGCAACGCCAGGGACAUCAUCAAGGGUGAGGCAGAGACCCGCGUGGCAGUGAAGACGGUCAACGAGUCAGCCAGUCUCCGAGAGCGGAUUGAGUUCCUCAAUGAGGCCUCGGUCAUGAAGGGCUUCACCUGCCAUCAUGUGGUGCGUCUCCUGGGAGUGGUGUCCAAGGGCCAGCCCACGCUGGUGGUGAUGGAGCUGAUGGCUCACGGAGACCUGAAGAGCUACCUCCGUUCUCUGCGGCCAGAGGCUGAGAAUAAUCCUGGCCGCCCUCCCCCUACCCUGCAAGAGAUGAUUCAGAUGGCGGCGGAGAUUGCUGACGGGAUGGCCUACCUGAAUGCCAAGAAGUUCGUGCAUCGGGACCUGGCAGCGAGAAACUGCAUGGUCGCCCACGAUUUUACUGUCAAAAUUGGAGACUUUGGAAUGACCAGAGACAUCUAUGAAACGGAUUACUACCGGAAAGGAGGCAAGGGUCUGCUCCCUGUACGGUGGAUGGCGCCGGAGUCCCUGAAGGAUGGGGUCUUUACCACUUCUUCUGACAUGUGGUCCUUUGGCGUGGUCCUUUGGGAAAUCACCAGCUUGGCAGAACAGCCUUACCAAGGCCUGUCUAAUGAACAGGUGUUGAAAUUUGUCAUGGACGGAGGGUAUCUGGAUCAACCCGACAACUGUCCAGAGAGAGUCACUGACCUCAUGCGCAUGUGCUGGCAAUUCAACCCCAAGAUGAGGCCAACCUUCCUGGAGAUCGUCAACCUGCUCAAGGACGACCUGCACCCCAGCUUUCCGGAGGUGUCUUUCUUUCAUAGCGAGGAGAACAAGGCUCCCGAGAAUGAGGAGCUGGAGAUGGAGUUUGAGGACAUGGAGAACGUGCCCCUGGACCGUUCCUCGCACUGUCAGAGGGAGGAGGCGGGGGGCCGGGAUGGAGGGUCCUCGCUGGGUUUCAAGCGGAGCUACGAGGAACACAUCCCUUACACCCACAUGAACGGAGGCAAGAAAAACGGGCGGAUUCUGACCUUGCCUCGGUCCAAUCCUUCCUAACAGUGCCUACCGCGGCGGGGACGGGCAGGGGUUCCCAUUGUCACUUUCCUCUGGUUUGAAAGCCUCUGGAAAACUCAGGAUUCUCACGACUCUACCAUGUCCAAUGGAGUUCAGAGAUCGUUCCUAUACAUUUCUGUUCAUCUUAAGAUGGACUCGUUUGGUUGCCAAUUUAACUAGUCCCGCAGAGGAUUUAACUGCUGCCCUUUUGGAGCAACGACGGUUUCAAACCAGGAUUUUGUGUCUUUUUGUUUUUCUCCCCGUCCCCCCAGCAGAUGGAAAGACAGCACUUGUUUUUACAAAUUCUUUUUGUUUUUGUUUUUGUUUUUUGCUGGUGUCUGAGCUGCAGUAUAAAAGAUAAAACUUCUUGUCUGUGGAACAAAAGUUUGAAAGAAAAAAAACAAAACAAAAAUACCCAGCCCUGUUCCAGGAGAAUUUCAAGCUUUACAGGUUGGGCUUCAAGAAGGCUUUUUUUUUUUUCCCCCUCAUCCAGGCUGAAGGAUUUCUUUUUUUUUUUUUCUUUACAAGAUCAGUUCCUCAAAUUGACCAAUAGCUGCUGCUUUCAUACUUUGGAUAAGGGUCUGUGGUCCCGGUGUGUGCUCACGUGUGUAUCCGUGUGUGUGUCCAUUCGACACGGCUGAUGUGUGUGCAAAGUAUCCUUGCGGAGUUGAUGCUUUGGGAAUUGGCUCAUGAAGGUUCUUCUCAAGGGUGUGAGCUCAUGUCCCCCUCUCUCCUUCCUUCUUAUCGACUGGGAGACUGUGCUCUCGACAGAUUCUUCUUGUGUCAGAAGUCUAGCCUCAGGUUUCUACCCUCCUUUCACGUUGGUGGAAAGAUGCUUUUUGGGAGCCAAGGGAGGAACAUUUCAUUUGGAGUGAUUAUGAAUCUUUUCAAGACCAAACCAAGCUAGGACAUUAAAAAAGAAAGAAAGGAAAAACAAAAUAGAAAAAGGAAAAAAAAAAAAAAAGGAAGAACUGAGAUGACAGAGUUUUGAGAAUAUAUUUGUAACAUAUUUAAUUUUUAAAGUCUCUGGUAUUAGCCUCAUAAGUUAUUGACUAUUCCCCGGGGUUGGCGGGGAGUGGAGACAUGAGUUGGUCUGCCUGUUGUGGGGCCGGGAAGGGGAGGGAGUGAGGCACAAGUGGCCUCUUUGUUUGGUCUUAAAGGCAUCCAUUUCUGGGAAUGAAGCCACGUUCGCUGCUAACACUUUUGGACACUGUGAGGCCACGUGGAGUGUGUCGGAGACUAGGUUUUGUGGAUGGGCUCGUUCAGGCACCGGGUCUGCUGGAAGGUUCCUGUUUGGAUAAGCUGGUAGCUACCUAGCUCUGAGCCUGCCUUCAAGAACACCCGUGUUCAUCCCCUGGUUCUCUGUGUGUACCUCUCGUGGCGUUUCCUCUCCUGGGUGUGAACAUCCUACCGUUAUUGUGCAAACACAAGAACAUCAGAUCCCAAAGAGCAACAACCUGGAUGGAUUUUGGGAACAUCUAAGCAAUAUAAGAGAGAGGUGCACUGAGAGUACAUCUUGCUCCCCUCCACCCUGAGAGCAUCCGACGGUCCUCAGUACUGAACUCCCGGAAGCUGCUCUGAGCCCAGAGACCUCAUCUGGGCCAGGUGUGGUGCCUGAGCAGAAUGCGCAGACGCUUACGAUGUUGCAGUCCCUAAGAGAGUAGAGUCUGGAGGAGAAACCGUGAAAAAGACCUUUCACACCACCAAGAACUUCCGAAUGGGCAUGAAUCCACCGUUUCUUCUCUUUGUGAAAAGAACCACCACAGCUGCUCAAAGAACACAGUGAACUCAUCACUUUGGUUCAUCAGAAAAUCAUCACCCAUGCGUUAUUCCCGAGUGCAUUUUCUUACAACUUUUUGACUGCUUCCUUUUCUUCUCUUAAGAGUUGUGGGCGUAAGAAUGGGAUCGAGUCAUCAUGGCAACCUCCAAGCCCUCUCAAUUCUUGAUUAAGAACACAGGUAGACACGAAUCCCAAUUGUCUAUUGCUAUCUUAUUUAUAUGAUUCGAGAAAUUACAGCAUGUAAAAAUAUUGCUGAGACGCCUCAGUGAUUGGGUACAAGAAGCAAGAGUACAGAAAUUAUUUUUGCCAAAUUUAUUUUGUAAAUAUGAGGGUCUGUACGUAAAUUUAAAAAAAAACACACGUAGAUCUAGGUAUUUUGUUCUCUUCCUAGUAAAUUUGUAGUGGUUGUAUACUACACUAGCUGCAAUUUUCACAUUUUUCUAAUUCAGAAAGGUUUUUCUUAUAUUAGGGGAAAAAGUAUUUAUUUUAAUAUAUAAAAUCACUCUGAAAAUCACUCUCAUAAAAAACGGAGCGCAUGUAAAUUUUUAUCAAAGAAAAAUAAACAGGUGAAUGGGGGAUAGUGAUUUUUGUUUUUCAGCACAGUCUACCUCAGUGUAUUGUUAAGAUGUGAUUCAAUCACAGACAUCUUUGAGAUUUCAGAAUUCUACCUGGAACUGGUCUGAAUCAGGGAACAUGUGUAUCAGCUGAUUCGAAUGCCAGGGACCAGCAAGAAUUUUGAGGGAGGGAGUUGGGAUGGAGAAGGUAUGGCUUUUAUGUGAGCAUAGAUCCUUUUCUUCCUUGGCUGGUAAUAUUCUUCUCUGAAUUUAAUCUUCCUUUAAAAAAAAAAAUCCUCCAUCUAUUGUCACUAUGUUCCCCAAGCAUAAACUAAGUUCCAGGCCAUCAUGAUGUAUCUGAUAUAGGAGGUACGCCCGCAAGGUGUACCUUCCUUUGGUGAGAGACGGCUGCAGGGGCAAAGACGGGCUUUGAUUCAGAACAAGCAUUCCCACCUGUUCCGUGGAAUUCCCCUGAAGUGAGCACAAAGGUGCCCUGGGCUCCCUGAUGGUUUAUCCCCACUCCUUUCAGGCUGGUGAUACACCUCACACACAAACACCUAACACAAUGUCUUUUAAAAUUCUCCAAGUGGGAUGGGAGCAUGUGCGGGAAAUUCCAACCCAAAACCCAUUAAUGUGCUGAACACUUUUUUUUUUUUUUUUUUGCAACAACACCUUGGACCUCUGUGUUGGGGUUUGAUUGACCUCAAGCUGAUAUUGUUGAACCUUGUGCAGCUUUGAUAACCCAUGCAAGAGUCUAGGCAGGGCCAGUGGGGCCCAAAUCUUGCUGCUCUGGUACUUUUAGGCACUGCCCUUGCAGACUCACCUUUCUCCACCCGCCCUGGAGAAAGGUAGGGUGCUGGGGCCUGCCCCUUGCAAAUGGGGUUCACCAGUUUCAUUUAUUUGACUCUACUGCCACAGUGAAAAGAGCAAACAGCUCUUGGGUUGCAAGCCUCUUUUGACAUUAGGAAAUGCUGACUUUGUAACAAUAAAACUUUGGUCCUAGAAAGA